CAGUAGUAGCAGCCCACGGCAGCGCGCGCCGGCAAAGUGCGCGCGAGACCCCUUCAGAACGUUGGGAGAGCAGCUGCGGCGCGCGCCUCAGGAACCUAUAGGAAACAUAUGUUCUCUCAAGCUAUCGGAGCGAUAGUCAUUCCCUUGCACUAAGCCCCAUCCAAUGGUUAUCUUCUCAAGUCAGGACCUCUGAAAACCGCCUCGAGCCUGUGGAAUAAUUGGGCAUCCUUUUACAGUGACACCAUCUUGAGGAAUAACUACACUCUUUGCCUUUUUUUACACUCUUGCACUGGGACGCUGUGACAUUUCUCCUCUUCAGUUUGAGAUAAGAAGCCUCUCAGAGUUCCUGCACCAGAACUAUAAGGGAUAUUUGCAACAAAGAAUAUUUUCCUUGCAUGUCACACUGGAAAACAUGUGGAUUAUGAUGUUACUUUUAACAGGAGCCCUCUAGCCUUUUUGUGCACCUUUCAGAACUUUGCACUUGGAUUUUCCCAGGUGGGAAGAAAUUACCUCUAUUCAAUUCGCUGUGCCAAAAAUUAUACUUGCGUAAAAUAAAUUUUGACCAGGGUCUGUGAGACGGGCCUCUUACAGGUGCAGCUUAACGCCAGGAGCGUGCAGUAUGGGUGUUUGGCAGACAAAGAUUACAACCAUCUUUCAUUUGGAUCUGUAAGCUGCCUCUGGAAACAGAAAACUCUGUCAUAUUUGCCUGAUAAAUGGGACUCUUUGAACUAAUCAUCCAUGAAAUACUAGCCUGCAAAAUCAUGGGGUAUCUUCCUCGCUCCAUUUUUGGCCAAGCUUGUGGAAAAUCUACCUGAUAAUAAUUGUGGCAGGCAGUUCAUGAAUUAAUGCUAGACAUGAAUCUUUCUCUUGAGAACAGCUUUGGUAGUACAAUUGGCGUCUGUUACUCUUUUGAAUGGUCUUCUUCCUCUUACUAUUUAGCAUCCGCAUCCAAGUCUUAAAGUUAUCAAGGAAGUAAUCCCCCCCCCCCCCGUUCCAUUUCUCCUUCCAAGAUGGCUUCAGUCCGGUUCAUGGUUACUCCCACAAAAAUUGAUGAUAUCCCGGGCCUGUCUGAUACCAGCCCAGACCUCAGCUCCCGCUCCAGCUCCCGUGUCCGCUUCAGUUCCAGAGAAAGCGUUCCCGAAACAAGCCGCAGCGAAGGUGCCAGUGACUUUUCUAGAGCUACCACUUCAUUGGCCACUGAAGCUGCUGAGCCAGCUAUUGACAAGACAACCAAUCCCCGCUCAGAUGUGGCUGAAGAUCCUGGACACAAGAAGGAUCCCCAUGCCUAUCUCAACAACAUCAACUAUGAAGAUGGCGAUGAAUUCUUUGACAAGAAUUUGGCACUCUUUGAGGAGGAGAUGGACACCCGGCCCAAGGUGUCCUCCCUGCUCAACCGCAUGGCCAACUACACCAACUUGAUGCAGGGUGCCCGAGAACAUGAGGAGGCUGAAAAUGUCCCUCCAGGCAAGAAAAAACCCACCAAGACUCCACAGAUGGGCACGUUUAUGGGAGUCUACCUGCCCUGCCUUCAGAACAUCUUUGGAGUGAUUCUUUUCUUGAGACUCACCUGGGUGGUUGGUACAGCGGGAGUGUUGCAAGCCUUUGCCAUUGUCCUCAUCUGCUGCUGCUGUACGCUGCUAACAGCCAUCUCCAUGAGUGCCAUUGCCACCAAUGGAGUUGUGCCUGCUGGGGGUUCAUAUUUCAUGAUCUCAAGAGCACUGGGGCCCGAGUUUGGAGGAGCUGUGGGACUGUGCUUCUAUCUGGGCACUACCUUUGCUGCUGCAAUGUAUAUCUUGGGAGCCAUUGAAAUCUUCCUGAUGUACAUUGCCCCUGAAGCAGCUAUCUUUCAUAGUAAAGAUCCCCUGAAGGAGUCGGCAGCCAUAUUGAACAACAUGCGGGUGUAUGGCUCAGCCUUCCUGGUUCUCAUGGUGCUGGUGGUGUUCGUGGGCGUGCGCUACGUGAACAAGUUCGCCUCUCUCUUUCUCGCCUGUGUCAUUGUCUCCAUCCUGGCUAUCUAUGCUGGUGCCAUCAAGUCCUCCUUUGCACCUCCCGAUUUCCCUGUGUGCAUGCUGGGGAAUCGCUCCCUCUCUGGACACAACUUUGACAAAUGCACCAAGACUCAAGAUCUUGACAACCUCACGGUGCCCACUCGCCUCUGGGAAUACUUCUGCAACUACAGCAAGCAUCUAAAUACCUCUUGUGACGAGUAUUUUCAACACAACAACGUCACUGUUAUCCAGGGCAUCCCAGGGCUGGCCAGUGGCAUUAUCACCGAGAAUCUUUGGAGCAGUUACUUGAUGAAAGGCGAGAUCAUUGAGAAGCCAUCACAGCCCUCGGUUGAUGCUGGGGGAGCCCUGAACCAGCUUUACGUGCUGUCUGAUAUCACCACUUCCUUUACCCUUCUUGUGGGCAUCUUUUUCCCCUCGGUCACUGGAAUCAUGGCUGGAUCAAAUCGUUCUGGGGACCUGAGGGAUGCCCAGAAAUCUAUUCCCAUUGGUACCAUCUUGGCUAUUCUCACCACCUCUUUUGUGUAUCUUAGCAAUGUGGUGCUGUUUGGAGCUUGUGUGGAAGGCGUCGUGCUCAGAGACAAGUUUGGUGACACAGUGAAGGGGAACCUAGUGGUGGGGACACUGUCCUGGCCUUCUCCGUGGGUCAUUGUCAUUGGUUCAUUCUUCUCCACAUGUGGCGCUGGGCUGCAGAGCCUCACUGGUGCACCUCGGCUGCUCCAGGCCAUAGCUAAGGACAACAUUAUACCCUUCCUGCGGGUAUUUGGCCAUGGCAAAGCCAAUGGGGAGCCCACCUGGGCCUUGCUCCUUACAGCAGGCAUUGCAGAACUGGGGAUCCUCAUUGCUUCUUUGGACUUGGUGGCCCCCAUCCUCUCCAUGUUCUUCCUGAUGUGUUACCUCUUCGUCAACCUGGCCUGCGCCUUACAAACCCUGCUACGCUCCCCCAACUGGAGACCCCGCUUCCGGUAUUACCACUGGGCUCUCUCUUUCAUGGGCAUGAGUAUCUGUGUGGCACUCAUGUUCAUCUCCUCCUGGUAUUACGCCAUCGUCGCCAUGGUGAUAGCUGGAAUGAUCUACAAAUAUAUUGAGUACCACGGGGCUGAGAAGGAGUGGGGCGACGGCAUCCGCGGCCUGUCCCUGAGUGCAGCCCGCUUUGCCUUGCUGCGCCUUGAGGAGGGGCCACCCCACACCAAGAACUGGAGGCCACAACUGCUGGUGCUGAUAAAGCUGGAUGAGGACCUGCAUGUGAAGCAUCCACGCCUGCUCACCUUUGCCUCCCAGCUGAAAGCCGGCAAGGGUCUCACCAUUGUAGGCUCCGUCAUGGUGGGCAACUUCUUGGAGAGCUACUGUGAGGCACUGGCCGCCGAGCAGACCAUCAAGCACCUGAUGGAGGCGGAGAGGGUGAAAGGCUUCUGCCAGAUCGUGGUGGCUGCCAAGGUGCGAGAGGGCAUCUCCCACCUCAUUCAGUCCUGCGGGCUGGGUGGCAUGAAGCACAACACGGUGGUGAUGGGCUGGCCCAACGCCUGGCGCCAGAGCGAGGACGCCCGCGCUUGGAAGACCUUCAUUGGCACCGUCCGCGUGACUACAGCUGCCCACCUAGCCUUGCUCGUGGCAAAGAACGUGGCCUUCUUCCCCAGUAAUGCAGAGCCCUUUCCUGAGGGCAACAUCGACGUCUGGUGGAUCGUGCACGAUGGCGGGAUGCUGAUGCUACUCCCUUUCCUCCUCAAGCAACACAAGGUCUGGCGCAAGUGCAAAAUCCGCAUCUUCACAGUCGCCCAGCUGGAGGACAACAGCAUCCAGAUGAAGAAGGAUCUGGCAACCUUCCUCUACCACCUCCGCAUUGAGGCAGAGGUGGAAGUGGUGGAAAUGCAUGACAGUGACAUCUCUGCCUACACAUAUGAGCGAACUCUGAUGAUGGAGCAGCGCUCUCAGAUGUUGCGGCAAAUGCGUCUCUCUAAGACGGAGCGGGACCGAGAGGUGAACUGGGAUAGACAAGGUGGGAGGGAAGAGGUUGAAAGAUCAGCAGUUUCUGGUUUCUCCUUCACUGGUCUACCCGGGAUACCUUCCUCACAGGCCCAGCUCGUGAAGGACAGGAACUCUAUGUUGCGGUUGACCAGCAUAGGCUCAGAUGAUGAUGAGGAGACCGAGACUUACCAGGAGAAGGUGCACAUGACUUGGACCAAGGACAAGUACAUGGCAUCCCUUGGGCAUAAACCCAAGACGCUGGAAGGUUUUCAAGAUCUGCUCAACAUGCGACCGGACCAGUCCAAUGUGCGCCGCAUGCACACAGCUGUCAAGCUCAAUGAGGUCAUUGUCAACAAGUCCCACGAGGCCAAGCUCGUGCUGCUCAACAUGCCAGGCCCACCACGGAAUCCUGAGGGUGAUGAGAACUAUAUGGAGUUCCUAGAGGUCCUGACAGAGGGUCUGGAGCGUGUGCUGCUUGUCCGGGGCGGUGGCAGCGAGGUCAUCACCAUCUACUCCUAGGGGAGUUGGGAGGGCUUCCCCCUGAUGGACUGUGUUCUGUCAAAUCAGCAUCUGCUUCCUGCCUGUUACCACCUGCCACUUGAUCUCCCAAGGAGAGGAGCAAUCAGCACCACACCUCCUUUGCUUUCUUUUCCCUGUGGCAAGUUGGGGUCUUCGGUUAAGGUGGUUUUCCCCUUUGGGAGGAUGGAGGGCCGACGCUUCCCCCUUGCCUUCCGUAAUGUUAGAGGCACGUGCUAGAAACGGCAUAGACUUGCCCCAAGAGGGCAUUAGACCGGAGUAGGGGUGGGAGGUGACUCCAUCUCUCCCUCCACUAGUGUAGGAAAAGUGAGGCAAGUGCUAACGUCGGGAGGGUUCAAGAGGAGCAAACAAACCCAGGGAUGCUCCCACUGCUUCCACCUUAGAGCUGCUGCCGCCGCCGCCGCCACCACCUUCUGCUAGCCAUUACAUGGAUGGAUCCACAGGGUCCUUCAGCUGGAACAUGGUGGGCUUAGACCAGCUGGAGAGACUGUUACAUGUCACUGGAGUAUCAAGAGAAACACGAAGAGGGGAAAAGGGCUGCUGCUGGGAGACUUACUGGGACGUGCAACUUCCACUGUGCCAUUCCCUUCUGGUCAUUGCCAAAACCUUUCUGCUGUCUUUCCCCAUUGAAAUUGAAGUGGGGAGUAUUUAGAAAGAUGGUCGUGACAUUUAUAGUAUUUAUCCUCUCCCCUACUCCCUUGGGGGAUUCUGAAAUCCAAAUUCACUGUUUGCUGGGAGUGCGGGUAGAGAGGAAUGGCAGACUCUGAAGCCGGGAAGAUGAUGGCAGCAUCCUGACCGAGGAACAGAAAUGACUGGUCUCCCAGGUCCUUUCCCCUCUGGCCCUUGCGCUCCCGUCUGAGUAAGGAAGCUAGAGAACCUAGUUUUCCCAGCCCUUUUAGGUGUUCUGUAGAACGGAGAGAGUGUGUGCAACUGGGGGGGAGGAGGAGGAGAACGGAGCAUCUCUUUCCUGGACAGUUAAAGAAGGAGGCAAAAAAAGUCCUUCUGACUUCUGUAACUGUGCUCCUGAAGGGCCAUCCCUCCCCCCACUUCCAUCUCACAUAAGAGGGGAACAACUACAAUCCUUUCUAUGCCAGACAAUAAAGAUUGCUCCCUUUUUAGAAUAGGUGUGUCAAUAGUGAGGACCCACAACUUGCUGUUUUCGUGAGUGUUGGGAAAUGAGUCCUUCCUCCCCUCUACAGACACAAACUUGGGAAAAGGUGCCGUGUCUGUUUUGUCCUAUCCAAUUUCAAUAAUGGAUGUCUAAAUCUCCUCCUACUCACACCCCUUGUUCAUGAAUUCUGCACAGGGAGAACUCCCUUGGGGUGCCCUUAAAGCAGACACAUCUCCAGCCUCUCCUCCAAAUUUAUUUUUAAAGGGAAUUUCACACACACACACACACACACACAAAAUUCUCAUCUUUAUUUUGGGGAGGCUUUUUAAUUUAUUGGGGUGUGAACCUGUUUACAUAGCAUCAAGUUUUGGGGUAUGAUUUUUUUUUUGCUUCCUGAAUUAUGUAAUGAAUAAACAUUUUAUAUAUAAA